AUGGAUGAAGAGUUCGACGCACCCUUCUCGCCAGUGAAAGAGUGCAUAGUCAGGGCCACGCUGGAGUCAACCUUCCUUCGCUGCAUGGGCGAACUUACCAACAGGUUCGUUGACGCUGGGGCCAGUCUCUCCAUUGCCGGGGUUUUGAUCAUUCAGAGCAUGGCGGUGGAGACUGGGCAACCUUUGCCAGCACUUACGAGUCUGCAGCAGCUUCUGUGCGACUCCGCAUUUGAACCAUCGCCCAUGAUUGAUAGCUUGUACGUUUACAAGCCUUUCCCGUAUCCAGAGCAUUGGUUUCGCAUUCUGGUCCUGUCGCCAGCCCAGAAAAGGGACGACCCCAUCAAGUGUUCUCUGGCGUUUGAACUGCUUUCAAGCAAGGCGAAUUACGAAGCACUUUCAUACGCUUGGGGCGAUGAAGCAAACAAACGCACCAUCUACAUAGAGGACCAACCAUUUGAAGUCACCUCCAACUUGUUUGGCGCUUUGAAGGAGUGUCGAUACAUUGGCAGAAAACCUCGAGUGCUUUGGGUAGACGCAGUAUGCAUCAACCAACGAGACGUUGCGGAGAAAAACGUACAGGUGCAGAACAUGGCUACAGUCUACCAGCGGGCCAGCAGGGUCUUGGUCUGGGUCGGACCUAUCAGCAACACCAGUGCGAUGUUCUGGCAAGUACUAGAUUUGUAUCGUACCAGGAGAACCCUCUGGCAAGCCGAGCAUCCUGAUCACGACCAGAGUCACUUCUUCAUGCCCUUACAUCUUCCCGUCCAGGCACGUCUUGCUGUAAACAAGUUCCUUUCUCGAUCAUGGUUUGGGCGUGCUUGGGUCAUCCAAGAAGUUGUCCUGGCAAAAAGCGCUAUCAUUCGUUGCGGACAUCGCGAAAUCGACUGGGAGACAUUCAGCUAUUUCGUGUGUGAUUUCCGACAUGCGUAUGUGACGGACACGUGCGAUAGCGAAUACUCUAGGCCUAGGCGGUCUCUAGGAUUGUCGGGAAGAUUCCACCACAAAUACAACGAAGCACUCGACGGCUCACGACUACUCAACCUGCCAGCCGCUGUUCUAGCGUUCCGCUUCGCACGUGAAAAAAAGAGGAGGCUAACGUUGUGUGAGCUUCUCACAUACUCUCGUGUACAAUCCUCCAAGGAUCCCCGCGACAAAAUCUACUGCAUAUUAGGUCUCCUGGACGCCGAGGAACGUGCACGCCUACCCACGCCAGACUAUUCUGCACCUUUCCAGAGCGUUUUCUGUGCUUGGACAAAAAGCUCCAUCAUCGAAACGGGCACACUGACGCUGCUCGCCGCGGUAUACCCUUGGAGGAGCAGUCGUUCACUGCAGCCCAGAGACCUCCCCAGUUGGGUCCCUGACUGGCGAUCCGACCAUCCCGACCCUACAUUCAAUACUUCGCGGAUGCUACUGGAGUCUUUCCAAAUCAAAGAGUCCUCGAUCUUCAAUGCAGGGCUAUAUCGCAAAUCACCAUACCCAUUCAAGUUUCUUGUAGAUGACAGGGUACUGUGUGCCCAAGGCAUUCGGCUGGGCACGAUUUUGACAUUUCCUGUCAGCGGUCCGAUGGGCUUCCAAAUUUCUGAUGAUACUUCACGCACCCUCGACGACAAGAUGCGACGGAUGUUAUCCGAACACAGACGGGCAUUGAUUUAUCUGAAGCAGUUUGUACGAGACGAAUUUUGGCGGACAGUUUCAUGGGACAAUGCUGCCAAAAGUGUUUUCAAGGCAUUGCUGAGUAGCCGACGCAUUGGGCACGACAAAUCUGUGUUUGUGAAUGGCUGCCCCUUCCCGCCCACUAACGACCAAGAGGAAGCCGUGCUCCUCGCAUAUGGCGAGGAAGACUAUCGAUUCGAAGACGACUUUCAAAUCAGCAUGCUGGGCGCCAUGGGAUCCGUUGCACGCCUAUCUUCAGGGCACCUUGGCUCCUUCCCUCCAAGGGUAGAAGAAGGCGACGAAGUGGCCAUCCUCUUCGGCCAUGACAAGCCUGUUGUGCUUCGUGCAUGUUGCGGUUAUUACACCUUUGUUGCUGAGUGUUAUGUUCAUGGAGCCAUGGACGGCGAAAUCGUUCGAGAUCAGGAAGCCGGCAAAUACGCAGUUGAAGAGGUUCAGAUUGCGUAG